UUAUAUUAAUCAUACACAAUUUGUAGGACUACUGGUAUAUAAAACACCUGUUUAAGUGACAUAAAUAACCUUAGGUCUUAUCAAAUAUCAAGAGUCAGUCCUCUGAAGACACAGUGAACAGUAUGAAGAUGCUUACAGUCUGGAUAAGCAUAUUAUUUCUAUUGCCAUCGGAAGUGCAUGACCUAAUCCUAUCACAUAAUACCCAGACACCGACAGCCUUCACGAAAGGCCAGACAACACACUUACAUUUGACAAAGGGAGAAAAAAUUCCAUUCAACAAAAGAAUAACUGAAAUCGGAGCCCAUUUUGACUCUGAGGGAUCCUUUAUUUGUCAGACCCCUGGUCUCUACGCUUUCACAUUCCAUGGACUAACUGCAAAUAACUGGGGACUCUGGGUUGAAAUGAUGAAAAACGACGAGUUGAUUGCAUCGAUUUAUGCGUAUACCCAUAAUGGUUAUGCAGAUGCAGGAAAUACCGCCAUUUUACAUUUAAAUGUUGGAGACAAAGUUUAUUUAAAGGGACACCAAGGUUCCAACCAGACAAUGUAUGGGUCGGCGGAUCAGAUUUACACAACAUUUACUGGGGAACUUCUACAUCCUGAUAAUGUCGAGUUCAAACAUAGAAAAAUGGACCAUUAUGUAGUAUCCCAGCAGAAAUACAUUCAGUUAGUUUAUCAUUACAG